AUGAAUAAAGCAACCAUUGUGCUAUGGGACAGAAAGCUGCUGGUGCACUUCUCCGUGUCAAAGGAGCCAUUUAUAAAGAAGAUAAUCAUCCUGGCAGAAAAUCAGCAGGUUCCAGAUACUAAGAUGGAAGAAGUAGCCCCAAGCAAACCCCCGACUCCUGCCACUCGGUCUCCUCUACUUUGUACUAGCUCAUCUGUCCUCUGUCACAAUGGGAAGGAAUGUAUUACUCGGGAAAAACUCUGUGAUGGGGACGUCGACUGUCAGGAUGGCUCCGAUGAAGAAAAUUGUUCCCAUAUUUGCAAUAGAUCAGGCAUCUUCCGGUGCCUGUUGGGAGACAAGUGCAUUGCAGAAAAGUUUCACUGUGAUGGGGUCCAACACUGUGUGGAUGGGUCUGAUGAGCUGAACUGCUGGAAGCCUGUGGAAGAUUGUUCUUUGUACUGUGAUAACAAAACUCGCUGCAUUCCUAAAUCUUGGCUAUGUGAUGGCAAUCCAGACUGCACUGACAGAAAAGAUGAACAAGGAUGUAGUCACCAAAAAUGCAGCCCUUCUGAGUUUAGCUGUGAAAGCGGUCAGUGCAUACCUUCCUCUCUGCAUUGCGAUGGGAAGCGAGACUGCCCUGACCACUCGGAUGAAGAGGGCUGCCCUGCUUCAUCUGCCCAGUCUCAGCAGUGCCCAGUGGGGCAGAUUCAGUGCCAGCGGAGUGGAAAAUGUGUGCUGGCAGAGUGGAGAUGCGACCAUGACUUAGACUGCGAUGAUGGAACGGAUGAGAAGGAUUGUGACUUGGGGGAGCUGCUGUGUGGUGCUGCACAGUGGACCUGUGCCAGCCAGACACAGUGUGUGCCCUACUCCUGGCACUGUGAUGGGCACAAAGACUGUCAGGAUGGCAGCGACGAGGAUGGAUGCCCCCCUACAGUGUGCCCAAGUUCCGAGUUCCAGUGCCUCUCCUCUACCUGUCUUCAUGUCAGCCUGGUGUGUGAUGGAACCUGGGACUGCUCUGAUGGCUCAGAUGAAGGAGGACAGUGCUCACAGGUGUCAUGCCUUGGGGAAGAGUGUGCUCAUACCUGCUACCAGUCCCCUCGAGGGCCUGUUUGUGCCUGUGAGCCAGGCUUUGAGCUGAAGGAUGGUGGACAGAUCUGCAAGGAUGUGGAUGAGUGCCAGAAGUUGGGGAGCCAGUUGUGUAGUCAGACGUGUAUCAAUACCCAGGGUUCCUACAGCUGUACCUGUCACCCAGGUUACUUACUGGAACCUGAUGGCCACACCUGUAAAGCCACAGGAACUGAACCAAUCCUGCUUGUGGCAAUUCAAUUUAACCUACUUCUCUAUGGGCUGAGGAGUUUGAAAGAAGAUGUUUUGGCAACUAUGGACAAGAACCUGAUGAUUUUCUCUAUGGACUAUGACUUAGUGGAUCAGAAAGUCUUCUGGGCUGAUCUUGCUACAGAAAGCAUUCAGUGGAUCAGUAUGGACUCACAGGAAAAGGGAACUAUCAUUAAAGGAAUAAAGUCAGACUGCCUAGCUAUUGACUGGGUUGGGAGGAAUAUCUACUGGAUUGAUGGGUCUGCUGGUCAGAUUUCAGUGCGAGAAUUGACUAAUGCUUGGAGAGGAAACUAUGAAUACACAAUUGUCUUAAAAGAUGACUUGAAUCAACCACAGUCUUUGGCUUUAGAUCCCUUACAUGGGUUCAUGUACUGGGCUGAAAUUGGAGAGGAACCUCAGAUUGAGCAAGCUGGAAUGGAUGGUAGCAGUAGGAAAAUACUCAUCAAUGAAAGUCUUGGCCGGCCAACAGGCAUAGUUAUUGACCAGUUGAGUUGGAAGAUAUAUUGGUCUGAUGACAAGCUUCACUGUAUUGGUUCUGCUAAUCUAGAUGGUUCUGAUAUCACUAUGUUACAGCUGACACAAAUCCAGAAUCCCUUUUCAGUUACUGUGUUUGAAGAUGAAAUUUUCUGGUCAGAAAUGAAGACAAGAACAGUACAACGUAUGAAGAAGGCAACAGGCAAGAACAGAACUGUCCUAAUCAAACGAUUUAAUCAGCCUUAUGGACUCAAGAUAAUGCAUGAAGUGCUACAGCCCAGGUCUACUAACCCUUGUCUGGACAUUGGAUGUUCUCAUAUGUGCCUUCUGAGCCCACAAUCUAAGGGAAGCUGUCAUUGCCCAAUUGGACUCCUGCUUGCAGAGGAUGGCAUCAACUGCGUCCCACUCAAGGAGACUGCUUUUCUGUUCCUUGUUUUACCCACAGUUAUCAUACAGGUAGAUAACUUCAGAUUUACUCUUCGGCAAUAUCUAUUUGAAACACCUAGAAGCAAAAGUAGUGGAGGAAACAUUACCAGAACACCAGAUACUUCCCUUUACCAAUGUGAAGCAGCUUGA